AUGCUAGCAUCUCCUAUAUUCACUGUCAAUCAUACUGGAUUGGCAUUUGAUUUUGAAGAAUUCAUUAAGAAUGAACUUGGCUUGAAACUAGACAACCAAACAAAACGAGAAGAUGAACCCAUCUGCAAAUACUACCUAAAAGGAACUUGUACAAAGGGCAGCAACUGUCAGUUUAGACACAAAGGAUACGAUAGAGACAAAUCAGUUGUAUGCAAGCAUUGGCUGCGUGGCUUGUGUAAAAAGGGUGAUGGAUGCGAAUUUUUGCAUGUAUUCAACAUGAAGAAGAUGCCAGAAUGCUGGUUUUACUCCAAAUACGGCGAAUGUUGCAAUGGAGACGAGUGUAUGUAUCUCCACAUUGAUCCAGAAAGCAAGCAGAAGGAAUGUCCGUGGUACGCUCGAGGAUUUUGUAAACAUGGUCCAAACUGUCGCAACAAACAUGUACGAAAAAUGGUUUGUCAAAACUACCUGACUGGCUUCUGUCCUGAUGGACUCAACUGUUCCAAUGGACAUCCAAAAUACGAACUGCCAGUGAUGUACAAUGCGCUAAAUGAUCAGCCAGAUGCCUCGCAACAGCAACAGCAGCAGCAACAAUCCCACCAUACCCAGGAUAAAGUGCCAUUUAGCAGACCAAACAACAUGCAUCAAUCAUUCCAUAACAGCAAUAGCCACGGCAAUCCGCAACAACAAGGCACUUUUAGGAAAUUGGAGGAUGUGACAUGUUACAAGUGCGGGCAGCAGGGCCAUUACGCUAACCGCUGUCCUCAGGGUAGAUCUGGCCCACCAAUGUAG